UAAUUAUUUAAGGGUAAAUUAAAGCAUACUAGAAAUGAAAUUUUUAAAAGAAUAAAGAUUAAAUUGAGGAAUUUACGAUUACAAUCUUGACGCUUUUUCCAAUGUCAACCUAAGCGAAGCCAACUAAAAUAAUAAAACUGCUGGUUUUGGCAUAUUCAUAGGAAAUUACUUUUAUGAGUAAAAAAACUUCUCAUAAAAUAAAACAAUUGAUAUACUCUUUAACAUAAGUUGACGUUUCCAUUUGAUAACUUAAUAUUAUUCCUUGAUGGAGGUAUUAGAAACGGAUCUGGAUGCAUUAAAAUGCAGGAUGAGUGCGACCAAAAUGGGAUACAUUGAUGAUCCAUAUAUACAGUAUUUUCUUCCUAAACGUUCGAUACAUAAGCCUCCUAUUAUCAAUCGUGGAACUUACGUUCGAACCUGGUCAAUUGAUCAUGUGUUGAAAAACUUCUUAACCAAAAUCGAAGGCAAAAAGCAAAUAAUAUCUUUGGGAGCAGGAACAGAUACUAGGGCCUUUCGCUUCCUGGCGAAGCUUCCAAAAGAAACUAUUAAGUUUAUUGAACUUGAUUUAUAUCCAAAUUGCGUUAGAAAAGUUCAGUCUAUUGCAAAACAAGAAGCUCUGCUUGCAAUGUUGGGGGAUUAUAAAUUAGAUGCAACAAAGGGGAUGCUAUUAUCGGAUUCGUUGGAUAUACUCCCAUUAGAUAUUCGUUGUAUACCUGAGGCAGGUUUACCAGACACGGCGGACGAAAGUCUACCUACGAUUGUACUAUCUGAAUGCUGUCUGUGUUAUUUGGAACCUAAUGAAGCAAAUUCUAUAUGCCAAUGGUUUCGGGAACACUUCUCAUGUAUUGGCAUAUUAGUUUAUGAACCUAUCCAAGGGAUGGAUAGUUUUGGGAAAAUGAUGAAAAGCAACUUGGCAUCACGUGGGAUUUACUUGAAAACGUUGGAAAGCUAUGAUACCAUCGAAGAUCAGAAAACCCGUUUUAAAAACAAUGGUUUCCAACGCAUUACGGCCUUGGAUUUUGUUGCUCUUGAAAAGGAAUGGAUUCCAGAUAUAGAAAAGCAAAGGAUUGCAAAAAUAGAAAUGUUAGAUGAACUGGAAGAAUGGUAUUUACUUGCCAAGCAUUACUGCCUUGUCUUUGCUACCAGUUUGUCACUAUACGAUCAACUAAAUUUGUAAAAGGUGAACAGAAGAACCAAUGAAUAUAUUAGUUAAUUAUAUUAAUGUAUCCAUAGUCGUACUAAAUGAAUGCAAGAACGGAACAUGACAGUUUACUAGUGA